AUGAAGGCAUACAUGCGAAGAGCUGGGCUAACAGGAGUUUUUUUACUUUUAAUAUACAUCUUCAUCUGCUUGAUCGUGAGCUGGAGAGCAGGCAAAUCUUUUCCAGAAGGAGAUUCAGAUCAAGACAUUGUGAAGAGGAAACUAGACCGGAUUGAACAGACUCUACACAAGCUGUCAAAGCUAAUAGAAGUUUCUGGUCAGAAGAGCUCCACCAAUAAACUUUUUCCACACGUGGACCAAGAAAAAGAGAAGAUUGUGGUGCCAAAGUUAUACCCAAACUCCUACCUGUUUGCCAAAUGGGGCGAUGGCCUGUCAGAAGAGGAACAGAAGGAAGCAGAAGGUCUGUUUCAGAUUUAUGGGUACAAUGUCUUCCUGAGUAACCGGCUGCCACUUGACAGGAAGGUUGUGGAUACAAGAGACAUCAGAUGUCUGAAAAAGACUUAUCCCAAAGACCUGCCGACCAUCAGCGUGGUACUCAUCUACGUAAACGAGGCUCUUUCUGUCAUUAAGAGGGCAAUACGAAGCAUCAUCACCCACACUCCAGAGCACCUGCUCAAGGAAAUCAUUCUGGUGGAUGACUACAGCACUUACAAUGACCUUGGAAAACCACUACAAGACUACAUAGAUCAGAUUCACAAAGAGAGGCCUGGACUCAUUAAGAAAGUGUGGCAUAAGAAACAAAUGGGCUUGUCCCAGGCACGGAUCUCAGGCUGGGAGCAAGCCACAGCUGAUGUUGUGGCCAUAUUGGACGCCCAUAUUGAAGCCACAGAGGGAUGGGCAGAACCUUUGCUGGCCAGGAUCAAAACCGACAGGACAGUGGUAGUGUCUCCUGUUUUUGAUAAGGUCCAUUUUGAUGACCUACAUGUGGAAACAUACGUUCCACUCUCUCAUGGCUUUGACUGGGCUUUGUGGUGCAUGUAUGAGUCCUUUAGCCCGGAGUGGCUGAAGAUGGAUGAUGAAUCGCAGCCUGGGAAGAGUCCCUCUGUUAUGGGAAUCUUUGCAGCUGACAGAAACUUCCUUGGAGAAAUUGGUGGGCUCGACGGUGGAAUGACAGUUUACGGAGGAGAGAACGUCGAACUUGGGAUUCGUGUGUGGCUGUGUGGAGGAAGCGUGGAGGUUGUACCUUGCUCCAGGAUCGCUCACAUUGAGAGGGCCCAUAAACCGUAUGCGCCCGAUCUCAACCCUGCCAUGAGGAGAAAUGCUUUGAGGGUUGCAGAAAUCUGGAUGGAUGAUUACAAGAAGAACGUGUUGAUUGCCUGGAAUGUUCCUCUUCAGGAUCAUGGAAUUGACAUUGGCGAUGUGUCUAAGAUGAAGAAGCUCAGAGAAAAGCUCCAGUGUAAACCUUUCAAGUGGUACCUGGAGAAUGUUUAUCCAAGUCUGGAACCAUGGGAUAACCUGUUGGGGUAUGGUGGGCUUCAGAACACCCUUCUAAGGCAGCACUGUGUGGACCAGGGAGCCGUUCCAGGAAACAUCCCCAUCUUGUACGAGUGCCACUUCCAACAGCCACAGCAUUGCUACUACAACACAGAUGGAGAAAUCAUCAUAGGGGGGAUUCAGUCUCACAAAUAUAACCACAACCGCUGCCUGGUUGAUCCAGGCUCUGGCAGCACUCCCACUCUGCAAGACUGUCAGCUGGCAAAGAUAAAUCAGCUACACAUGCACUGGGACUUCAGACAAGGACAAGCAAUCAGAAACAAAGCAACAAAGAGAUGUCUUGAGGUUGCCCAGAGAGAAUACUCUCACUAUGAGCUCAUCAUUCAGCGGUGCAGUGGACAGAGCUGGAAGAUUGAGCACGUCAACACCAGUUUUUAG